AGACACAUGGCUGACGCGGCGCGAGGUCCCGCCGUUGGCAGGCCAUUGGCAUUUGCCAAUGAAGAACGGAGGGCGGUUCAUUCCUGGACCCGGAUCUCUUCAGCAGGGCAGAAUGUCCUAUUGGAUGCUCUGAAGAUCCUCAGUCCGAUGUCCCGUGACCUCUCAAGCAGUGAGGAGCUGGUAACCUUCCUGCAGGAGCUGGCUGAGGAGGGCCAUAAGCCCACUGUGCUUCGUAGCAAGGAUGUAUACAGCUACCGCUCCAGCACAAACCAACCGCUGACUCAAGACAUGCUGAAACCAUCCAACCGAAAUAUGAGACCAACCGCCAAGAGACGAGGAAGAAAGGCUGUGGCCAAGAAGAGCGAGGUGCACCCGUCAUGGAACAUCUCCGACAUCCCCAAGAUUCAAGGGGUUCGUCCUCCAGAUCUUCGAGUAGACCAUCGGGCCAUCAUCGGUAGCAGGACACCUAGUCGGACUGUAGAAAUAUCACAAGAGCUGCAGUUGCGACCCUGUCUCAGACUGACCAACAUUGAGGGCCUGACUCGCUUUCAUACAGCCAGACUCCAGAUACACACUUCCUGGGACUCAUCAUCUGAGGUUCCCUCUGUUGGUUUUUUACAGCAACAGUCCCUUCCAGCGCUUUCAGGAAUACCUUUGCAGCCUUCUCAGAAUGGUGGUGGGGCGCCCACCAAAGCUGUGGCCUUGUUCAGCCAGAAGAGCCUGUCCUGCCCAAUCCGAUUGGAUGGCGCCCUUAUUGGAGAUUCUGCACCGGUCUUCUACACAAACGGACGUGCAUUCCCAGAGACUCACACAGCGAUGACCAGCAAUGGCUGGAGGAGCGAUGGCCUUCAUCGAAAUGGUCGUGGCCCCAAGGAACUAAACCAUCCGACCCGUCAGAGAAACGGUUGGAAGAACAAAAACAGUUUGAGAUGGAAAGUGAUAAAGGUGGAUGAAUCUCGCUCUGUGGCUGAUGCCCGCCGAAAAGCACAGAAGCUCUUACAGGUCAAUCUAUCUCCUGUGAUUCAAAUCCAACCACUCAACCAUUUGCUAAGAGACUUCAGAUACCAGAUUAAAUGACAAUUUACCCCAAAUCAACACACAUUGUUUCCUUUAACAGAUGUUGGUGUUUUACAUCAUUAGCCUGUACCUGGCUGAGCCUCAGUGUUCAUAGCAGACGUCUUACAUACGCUUUCAUUAUCUCUGCUGAGUUUUUGGAGGUAGAGAAGUCGGUCUGACUGAAGUCCUGGUUCCUGACGGGGACACUUUACAAAGCAUUCGAAGUUGGGUAAAGAUUUGGGAUUUGAUAACUGGGAAGUUACUGUUGGUCGAAUGCUGGUACAUAUUUACGGUCUACUUUAGUUUACACUAACCUCCUUCAACCAACCAUCAUUCUGCUUUGAGUUGACCACCUGCGCUCCAAUGUUGUCAAUUAUUUUUGGGAUGCAGCAUCCACUGUGACUCUUAAGUCAAAAGUUAAUUUUCUGCCCUUUUUAAAAGGGUAUUGGGUGCUAAAAGUUGUUUUGAAGAGUAUUUAUGACUAAUUUCAUGUAAAGUGCCGUUUGUUGGAAAGCCUUUUUUACUUGUAGCGCUCCAAACAGUGCUGUCAAUAUUCUAUUGACUGCCAGGAUGAACUGGUGUAUGAGGAGAGCGAGACAUUUCUUCAGAUGAGCAGACGUGGUGGUUGGUUGGUUGUUCACAGCAAAGCAAAUAAAUUAAAGGAGGGGGAAAUAAAGAGAAGUGUUUAGUUUGUCUUCCUUUUUUGUAUUGUUGGUGUUUCCACUGGAAAUAAGGAGGCUCUGACAACGAGUACAGCAGGGAGUCAAACCUGUGGCCCAUACAGAGAUACCUGAAUGAUUUGUUUGAACUUCACUCCUUCACAAAGUGUUCCUUUUUGGUUAAGUAUUUUAAACUGUUGGGUAAUUUGAUGUCUUACAGUAACAACACAUGACUAUGGAAUAUGGAAAAGGACUUUGGCCUCGUUAAACAUUUGAAUGACCAAAUGUAUCUUAUAUUAAAAUAUUGAAUGUUUAAGAAUUCUUUAAUUACAUAAUUUUUCUCCUUAUUCGGCUGGAUCUCUCAAUUAUUUUAAAAAAACCGAGUACAAAUUAUUUAUUUACAAAUAUUUUUCUCUCAAAUUCCAUGGUAUGACCAAGCCCCCUUCCAUAUUUCUUCUUGCAUUAUCUGAAUACAUUUCUGUACUUUUAAGGCAACUCAAUUUGGAGCCUAGAUGUAAGACAUUUGUUUGGCCAAAUAAAAAACUUGUGUGGUGUUA